UCUCUCCAAGGCGCUCUCUCCUUCUCUCCUCUCCUCUCCUCUCCACUCCCCCUCCCCCUCAAUUGCCGCUCCUCAAUAUCUCUCUCCUUUCUAGGGGAAUGAUUUACCUUUCCUUAUGCAUAGUCUUUAUUCUUCUAUAAAUUGAAACAUUCACAUAUAUAAUUGUGUAUUAUGUUAAUUAGGUCUUUCUUUUCUCGCAUAAGCAGAGUUUAGGGAAUUCUCGAAAUUGAUGGAUGGAACCGACUGCAAUACCGACUGCAAUAAGAGGACAAAGAUCAAGUGUGGAUCAGGGUUUAGGGUUGACAGAAUCAGUGAGUUACCUGAUGAGAUCACAUACAUCAUACUGUCUUUCCUACCCUUGAGACAAGCUGCGGCCACUAGCCUUCUUUCUCGCCGAUGGCAGCAUUCGUGGAAGCACACUUCUAAUCUCGACUUUUGCGACCCACACGCCUUUUUUACCAAUACCAAAUCAUGGCGUGCCAACAAGUGCCACCGUGUCCAAAUGGUCAAUUCGGUUCUUGAAUCACAUCAAGCCCUUUUCAUUAAACAGUUUAAAUUUUCGAUUUAUGUGCACAAAUCAGCACAUGCCACAAUCACCAAAUGGCUUGAAUUCGCGCAGUCGAGACAAGUUGAGCGAUUGGAUUUAAACUUCCACAAUAUGAUUAAGACUGAAAGGAGUGGGAUUGUGUUAGAAGAUUUGGUGCGAGAGAUGAGGCCUAUGAAAUAUCUCAAGGCUCUAUCUCUCGCAGCUAUGAAAGUGAGUGGUCAAGACAUCUCCUAUUUCCUCAAAAGUUGUCCCAUGUUGAGGGAACUCAAUAUCACACAAUCGUCUUUCACGUCUGAUGUUCAUGUCUCCGGCAAUUUGGAGAUUCUUCGGAUACGUGGAUGCACCUUUAGGAAAUUCGUUGUCGAAAUUUCUGCUCCACUUCUUUAUGAAAUUGUUGCCGAUCUUUAUGAAGUUUAUUUCAAAGCAAAACCAGGCGCCCUACGGUUCAAGAAUGUUCCAAGACUUGCCAUAGCAAGUCUUGAAAUUGCAAAUCUAAGAUAUAAUGCGGCCAAUACUGUUGUUGCUUCAACAGUAUCUUGCUUUACUUCCCAUCUCCAAAAACUCAUAUUGUUUAUCCCAUACUCAAAACUUAAGAUUCUUUUAAGGGAAGGGCUUCCUUAUAUGCCUAAUCUAAAGGAGUUGUACGUUGUAGUUUCGCGUAUCCAUGCGCACCGCUGUCUUGUGCCGGUAACAUCUAUAAUAUUGGCAUGUCCUCAACUUCAGAUGUUCACAUUCCAGUUUUAUGUGAAUGAAACUGAUGAAAGAUGCCCAGACAACUAUGAAUGUAAGCAAAUUUAUAUCUAUGAACCAUCGCGUUUUUAUGGAUGCCCACACAAACGUCUCAAAAUGUUAAAGUUUCAUGGAUCGUGUGCAACCGAUAUCGUCAAAUUGAUGACCUAUAUUUCAGGUUGUUGCGUCGAAUAUCAAAAGAUAAAUACUUGUAGUCUACAUAUGAGUGAGACUCAGGUACAAGCUCAUAUGCGCCAUAUACAACAACUUCUAUCCCGGUUACCUCGUCAAGUUGAAUUCAAGGGUUUUUAUUAAUAUUCAUACACUUUGAAUUCAAGUUUAGAUAAUAUUCACGCACUUUCUUUGCCAAUUUUGUGUGUUUUUUUAACUUCGAUGUGAGUUCGACUUUGUUGUCCUUUGAUUAUAGACACAAAACACAAAAUAUUUAUUAUAGUGUAUGGUAGUUACAUUAUUAAAAAUGUGCAUCGAUUUGUAAUUGUUUAUUGAAAAUAGUGAUUAUCGUUUCAAAGA